UUGCCGCCGAAGUCUGUAUGGAAUUACCUGCGCCCGCGGCGGAGCUGGCAGCGGUGGAUGGAUGGGCGCCGCGUCCGCGGCACCGGCGGCCAGCUCAGCCCCAGGAGUAAACACGGGGCUUCUCCGGCCGAGUGCGCAGUGUGGUGACCGGCACUCGCCUCGCUGACGGAUCGCACCGGAGGGAUAUUUCGGGAGACUCCUGUGGGUAAGCAGUCACGGAAAGACAGAAGAUGAAAGCUCCUAUUCCCAACUUGAUUCUCUUGUAUGCUACUCUAACUCAGAGCCUGAAGGUUGUGACCAAAAGGGGAUCAGCUGAUGGAUGCACUGACUGGUCUGUGGAUUACAAGAAAUAUCAAGUUCUAGUGGGAGAACCUGUUCGUAUAAAAUGUGCACUCUUUUAUGGAUAUAUUAGAGCUAAUUACUCCCUAGCCCAAAGUGCUGGACUUAGUUUGAUGUGGUACAAAAGCUCUGGACCCGGAGAUUUUGAGGAACCUAUAGCUUUUGAUGGAACUAGAAUGAGCAAAGAAGAAGACUCCAUUUGGUUCCGACCGACAGUGGUACAAGACAGCGGGCUUUAUGCAUGUGUUAUAAGAAACUCAACUUACUGUAUGAAAGUGUCCAUUUCGCUGACGGUGGGUGAAAAUGACACUGGACUCUGCUACAAUUCAAAGAUGAAAUAUUUUGAAAAAGCUGAACUUAGCAAAAGCAAGGAAAUCUCAUGCCCUGAAAUUGAGGAUUUUUUAUUUCCAUUUAGGGAGCCUGAAAUUCUGUGGUAUAAGGAAUGCAAGUCAAAGACAUGGAGAUCAAGUAUUGUGUUUAAAAAGGACACUCUUGUCAUUCGGGAAGUUAGAGAGGAUGACAUUGGAAAUUACACUUGUGAGUUAAAAUACGGAUACUUUGUUGUCAGAAGAACUACGGAAUUAACCGUUACAGCACCACUAACAGAUAAACCACCAAAGCUUUUACACCCCUUGGAGAGUAAGCUAACAAUUCAGGAGACCCAGUUAGGCGGUUCUGCUAAUCUAACCUGCCGAGCUUUCUUUGGAUAUAGUGGAGAUGUCAGUCCUUUAAUCUACUGGAUGAAAGGGGAGAAGUUUAUUGAGGACUUGGAUGAUAGUCGAGUCUGGGAAAGUGACAUCAGGGUUCUCAAAGAACAUCUUGGGGAGCAGGAGGUUUCCAUCUCGUUGAUUGUUGACUCUGUGGAAGAGGCAGACCUGGGGAAUUACUCGUGCUACGUCGAGAAUGGAAAUGGACGCCGACAUGCCAGUAUUCUUCUACAUAAAAGGGAGCUGAUGUACACAGUUGAGCUUGCUGGUGGGCUUGGUGCUAUUCUGCUGCUGCUUGUUUGUUUAGUGACUAUCUACAAGUGUUACAAGAUAGAGAUUAUGCUCUUCUACAGGAAUCAUUUUGGAGCUGAAGAACUAGAUGGAGACAACAAAGACUAUGAUGCAUAUCUAUCUUAUACCAAAGUGGAUCCUGACCAGUGGAAUCAAGAAACUGGAGAAGAAGAAAGAUUUGCUCUUGAGAUCCUACCAGAUAUGCUUGAAAAGCAUUAUGGAUACAAGUUGUUCAUACCAGACAGAGAUUUGAUUCCCACAGGAACCUACAUUGAAGACGUGGCAAGAUGUGUAGACCAAAGCAAGCGACUGAUCAUCGUCAUGACUCCAAAUUAUGUGGUAAGAAGAGGCUGGAGCAUCUUUGAACUGGAAACGCGGCUUCGAAACAUGUUAGUCACGGGCGAAAUCAAAGUGAUACUGAUUGAAUGCAGUGAACUACGAGGAGUUAUGAACUACCAGGAGGUCGAGGCCCUGAAACAUACCAUCAAGCUCCUCACUGUCAUUAAAUGGCACGGACCAAAAUGCAACAAGUUGAAUUCCAAGUUCUGGAAACGUUUACAGUACGAAAUGCCUUUUAAGAGGAUUGAACCCAUCACACACGAGCAGGUUUUAGAUGUCAGUGAGCAGGGGCCCUUUGGGGAACUGCAGACAGUCUCCGCAAUUUCCAUGGCUGCUGCCACCUCCACUGCUCUUGCCACUGCCCAUCCGGACCUGCGCUCCACCUUUCAUAACACAUAUCAUUCACAGAUGCGCCAGAAACACUAUUAUCGAAGCUAUGAAUACGAUGUACCUCCUACCGGCACCCUGCCGCUUACCUCAAUAGGUAACCAGCAUACCUACUGCAACAUCCCUAUGACACUUAUAAACGGUCAGCGGCCACAGACAAAAACUAACAGGGAGCAGAAUCCCGAAGAGGCUCACACAAACAGUGCGAUACUGCCCCUCUUGCCACGGGAGACCAGUAUAUCGAGUGUCAUUUGGUGACCGAAAUGCAAGGGGCCUUCAACCCCCUUGAGUAGGAGCUGAGUCUGCAGUCCAGUGCCUGGAACUACAUCCUCGACUGCUGCUGUUAAACAUGCAUUACAAUCGAUAACAUACGAGGAAAAACAGGGUCUUGUACAUAUGGUUUUUGCAAUUUCUUUGUAGCAUCAGUCUUCCUGUUUUACCCAUGUCUCUUCCCAUUCACAUUUUCGACUUUGUUUUAUAUGUCAUUGGAAUUUGUAUAUUUACAUUUUUUUAAAUGAAGAGACUGCUGUAUAGAUAGGAAACUUUUUUGCUUCAUUAGUAUAGUUUUAGACUUUUGGUUUGUUUGGUUUUAACCUUUCUUGGGAAUGCUUGGACAAAGCUAUGUUGAUAUCAGAAGCACCAUCCAUUUUGUUGGCCUGCCUAGCCUGAUUCCUGAAGGCCAUGCCUGCUGCAGUUCACCUCCUUUGGAGAAUAUUUGUUCUUAGAAGGACCCCAUCCCUCAGUGAGAGCUCCAGUUUCGUUUCUACUCCCGUAAUGUACACUGCUCCUUCCCCGCCCUUACAAUGACCCCCGUUCGGGGUAACACUACAGUCUGAUCAUCUAACAUGUAACUUGGUAGAUACCUGUCAAACAACAGAAUAUACCCAAUCUGUAUCGGUUGCUUCACAGUAGUCACUACAGAGUGUGUAGAAACUAGAGACGGUUUGGUUUUUGCUUUCUUGGGUUUGGGUUUUUGGGUUUUUUUUAAUUAUUAUUUUAAGAAUGAGUUGAUUGUAUCCCUUUUAUAAAUAUAAAAGCAAACCCUAUUUUUAACACUUCCUGGAAAAAUAUUAAUGUGGUUGUGGAUUUUAUUUUUAAGCAUUUAACUUUUUCUUUUCCCCCUUUCAAAAUCCUGCAAAUAAGAUCAUUUACAAUCGUCAGGCGAGUAAGACAAGUGAGGCAAUAGGCACUGAAGUGCAGAAAGUCCUGCUGAUAUUUACAGUGAUGACUUCCAAACCAAAGGGGAAUAAAAAGACAGUAUUGUAGAUGGUUUGUCACUUUGUAUUACAGAAAGUGUUAUUUUCUAAAAGAGUAAGAGCAAAACAUUAUUUUGCUGUGGAUUACAGAGUCCCCUUGUAUUUUAAUGUUCCAAAAACUGUAUUUGCUUUAAAAUGAUAUAUUCAGGAUUAAGAAAUCUGCUUUCAUUUGGUUUUAGCUUGUAACAAUAAGUAAAACUUUAUUAAUUUCAACAUGAUUUCAGUAAGAACUCAGGCAGAAAAAAAUGACAUGAAUACCAACAAAUAUCAUUGUUUUCAGAAUAAACUUUAUUUAUACAAAAUUAAUAUUUAAAUCAGACCUGGAAGUAUUAAAAACAAUUUAUUCACUUUAAUGAAUAAAUAAAUUAGUUUUAUUUUUUAUGUAUGAUUCUAUCUUUGAGGAGUUGCAAAUAAUGCGUGUACCAUGGCUGCCAGGGAAGAAAAAAACCCCAACACUAUGUUUACAUCUGGGCAUCUUUAAGACAAAUGAAAUAAGCAUCUUACUCAUACUCAUGUUUUAAAUAAUGGAGAAGUCCUUUCUGGUUUUAGAAAGAGAGGGGAGCGGUGUUGUAGCUCUACUACAUAUUCAGGCCAAGCUCUCUGCUAGUCCCUGCUAGGAGAAGCAGAGGAGCUGGGGCAGAGUCCCUGGUUGCAGCACACUGUCAUAUAGUCAUGGGUUUGAUUUACCCUGGCAGAAACGUAACUGGUAUCCUGGCAAACAGACCUUAUAGUCUAUUUAUGUGAUUAAUUAGCUUUAGGUAUUUUUAUGGUAGCUGAAUGAUAUUGGCCAAUAUAAUGGAUGUGUGGGGUUCGGUCAUCCUGAUUGUCACAAUGAGAAAAGUACAGCUUAUAAUAUUUUGGUCUUCUUAAUGAGAAGGGAUGGGUAGAGAGCGGUUAAACUGCGGUUUGGGGGAUGUUUGUGGGAGUAAUCCAGAACUGACAGCGUGGGAGGAAAUGACUGUGCUCCUGUUGUGAAGGUCAAGAAAUCUCAGUAUCUGCAUAACAAGCUAAUAGAGCUUUGGGAUGUGCGCUGAUUUUUAUUUGCUUAAAAAUGUUUAUUUCUCUGACAAUUUGCUCAAGUCCUUUUCUACAACCUGCUCUUUAUUACGGUGUCUCCCUCUGGACAUGUGCCAAAACAUCCACAAAAUGGAAAUGAAGCUGCCAGGCCAGAUAAAAUUUUAAGAGAGCUUUGCACAUUUAGUUAUUUUCGUAGCGUGAGAAAGCUAUUAUUUAUUUGCUCUUACAGACACCUGUCAGACACUGAUGGCAUUUUCCUUCAUUCGCCUGGAUGCCAAAUACCCUGGUAUCCUCUGAAAGCAAUGCGUUAUUUUCCCCCUUUCCCUCCCCAUUACAUGCCCUGGGGUAAAGACUGGAAUGUGGAAAAAAUGUCGGAUAUAACUAUCUGACCGCAGGCACAUUUAGACGAUCGGUACGUGUUUCCCUAGCCACAUGGGGAGUACUUUUCUGUUCUAUUUUUAGUGUGGAUUUAAGCACUUUGAAUAGCAUGAUUCAGGGAUUGAUGGAUACUAUUUGAUAGUCACACUACUUCUUAAAAAAAGUUUUUCUUAUUAUGUUUUGUCAUAAUAUUACACAAAAGAAAAACAAACAAACAAAAGAAACCGCAAAACGAAACCUGAAAUAAAUGGAGAAGCUGUCUAUGGCUUUAGAAACAUUCCUCCUUAGUAUUCCAUCUCUAUGAACAGCUCUGUGUGGGGAACAGUGAAGGAAACUGUUGCGUGUUCACGUGCUCUAUGUUUGACAAAAGUUCUGUUGGAACACAAAAUAAAAUGAAAAAAAAAAAAAAACAACCCUCAACCAAACCUGUCAUUGCCCUAGUGCUUAGGCUCCAUCCUUUUCUGGCGAAGGUGUUCCAGUUUUUGACAAUGCAGCCUGAAGCAUGCAUGCAAUAGUCACAUAUAAUGUUUAGCCAUAAGCAAAUAGCACUUUACUUUAAAAACUGCACAGUGUGAUGAUCGGAAAAACUUACUCUGCCUGGUCAAUAACUUCGGGUCUGUAUGUGGAUUCUAUGCACAUGAAUUAUCCAAGUGUGGUGCUUUGUCUUUAUAAGGCUCUCUCUAAUCAGGGUAGUCCUUGAUAUAAAACUAAAGGACUCUGUUGCACAACCUGUGGAAAUUCAGUAUAUAGGUUCUCCAGACAGCACAUAUAGCUGGACAGAAAUGGGGGACUGUACAGUAUGCAGCUAAUUAUUUUGCAGGCAAAGUGCAUUGCUGGGUCUGAUUCUGUUCUCAGUUGCAGCAGUAUGAUUUGAGAGUAAAUCUAAUAAAGUUGAAUGAGUGUAA